AUGGAGGAGUUGCAUGGUGCUCCUGAAGAUUCAUACAAGUUGAUUUCAUGGAUUUGUCAAAGAUUGACUGAGAAAGAUCUAAGGACAAUAGCAAAAUGGACAGCUUGCAGAGAUAACAGUUUUAAGAGGUUGUUUAUUGCUUACGGUUGUUGUAUAGAUGGCUUUUUAAAUGGUUGCAGACCUAUUUUGUAUAUUGAUAGAUGUCACUUGAGCGGGCCGUAUAAAAGAUCAUUGUUAUCAGCUUCUACUCAUAAUGUAGGUAAUGAUCUAUUUUCGGUGGCUUAUGCAAUAGUUAGUGGGGAGAAGUUACAAGAAUGGACUUGGUUCAUGCAUAACUUGAAAGAUAUUAUGGGAUCUUUAGAAGUGACUAUUGUAUUUGAUAGACACAAUGCAAUUAUUAGUGCUGUGGAAGUUGUUUUUAGAGGGAAUAGACAUGCAUUUUGCUAUCGGCACAUGAAAGAAAAUUUUAAUGCAGAGUUUGUAAAGAUUGGAAGACGUAGAAGAAGAGCUACCACAAUAAGCAAGGAAGAUGCAUUGAAGUUGUUGGAUGCUAUAGCAUAUGCUAGAAUUAAUCUUGAAUUUAAUAGAGCAAUGGGAAAUUUGAGAGCUUUUUGUCCAGAGUUGGCUCAAUGGUUGGAAACUAAUGGUGACAUUAAUAGAUGGGCCUUAUCAAAAUUCCCUUUUCAUAGGUGGGACAACAUAACUAAUAAUUUAUCUGAAUCUUUCAAUGCUUGGCUAGUUAAAGAAAGGAAACAUAGUGUGGUCACACUACUUCUUAAACAUCAAGAAAAGCUUGCGAGUAAGAUGUAUGCAAGCAAAGUUGCUAUGAGCAAGUGGCAGAAUGGUGUUGGGCCAAACAUUGAGGAAAAGUUAAAGGCCAAUGUUGCACGGGUAGAAGUAAUGUUAGGUAACCAUCAUUCAGGUAACUUACUGAGUGUGAAGAUAGGAGACAUUCAUUUGCGGGUUGACCUAUCUCUUAGAGAAUGUACAUGUCAAGCUUGGCAGAUGUCUGAAAUCCCUUGUGCCCAUGCAUGUGUAGCUAUAAAAAAGGUUUAUGGUAAUGUGUACUCUUAUGUGGAAGGAUGUUAUAAUUUGAGAUCUCAGGAGAAAAUAUAUAAGGACACAACAAUCCCCAUCGAGACAAAUGACAUGCCACGAGUGAAUGCGUUAACAAUUAUCGAGAUGAUGACAAAAACCUUCCUAAAGCCCCCUACUACCUCUUGUCCUUCUGGUCGGCCCCAAUUAGUGAGAAGAGAGUCUCAAUCACAAGGCAAGAAGAUUUAUCAUUAUGUAAGAUAUGGCCAAAGUGGUCACACGCAUAGGACAUGUUGA